AAAGGGCGCUCCAUUUCGGAGAUUUCGCACUUCCCCCCCUUCUCCCUCCCUCUCCUCCACCUCCAUCCCCAUCGCCGAUUCAACCGAUUCGCCAUUGCCCCCACCUCCUCCACCUCGCCGCCGUCGCCCCGCCGUCGCCGCGCCCCUCGGCUUGUCGGUAGGCCGGUAGGAUUUUGCGGGGAGGGUGGGGAGUUUGGGCAGUUGGUGCGGGCGAAGGGUGGGUGGUUUUUUUUUUUGUGUGAGAGAGAGGGAGGGAGGGGGCAAUGGAGAUGGAGAUGGAGAGGGAGAGGGAGACAUCGCCUUCGUCUUCGGCGCCGUCGUCGGCGUCGUCCGACUCCAUCGACCUUAACUUCCUGCCGUUCCUGAAGAGGGAGCCCAAGUCGGAGCCGGCCUCCCCUGAGCGAGGGCCGCUGCCGUUGCCGGUGGUGACGCCGCCGCCGCCGGCGCAGGCCCAGGCGCAGGCGCAGGCGCAGGUGCAGGCACAGGCACAGGCGGCGGCAUCUCCGCUGCCGGCGACGCCCGACCUCUCGGCGGCGGCGGUCAUGACGCCGCUGCAGUCGCUGCCGCCGAACCCCGAGGAGGAGACGCUCCUGGCGGAGUACUACCGGCUCGCGAGCCUCUACCUGUCGUCGGCGGGGGCGGCCGGUGUGCUCGUGCCGGCGCCGACGCCGGAGGCCUCCGCGGGGGCGGUGGUGCAGCCCGGGUCGGGCUCCGCGGGGAAGAAGCGCCGGCCGCGGUCGUCGGAGCUGGUGCGGGUGUCGUCGCUGAGCGUGCGGGACCAGAUCUACUUCCGGGACCUGGUGCGACGGGCGCGCAUCACGUUCGAGUCGCUCCGCGCGAGGCUGAUGAGGGACGACGAGCGAGCGGAGGCGCUCGGCCUGAUGGGCGUAGGCGGGCUCGCUGCCGUGGAUCGCCGCCGUGUCCGUGCCGACCUGCGGGCCGCGGCGCUGAUGGGCGACCGGGACCUGUGGCUCAACCGCGACCGCCGAAUCGUGGGACCGAUCCCGGGGAUCUCGGUUGGGGACGCCUUCUUCUUCCGCAUGGAGCUGUGUGUUCUAGGUUUACAUGGCCAGGUACAGGCUGGGAUCGACUUUCUCACGGCUGGGCAAUCAUCUUCAGGGGAGCCCAUAGCCACAUCUAUCAUCGUGUCUGGUGGGUAUGAAGACGAUGAUGAUCGCGGUGAUGUACUUGUGUACACCGGCCAUGGUGGCCGUGACCCCAACCUCCACAAGCAUUGUAUUGAUCAGAAGCUCGAGGGUGGCAACCUUGCCCUUGAGCGUAGCAUGGCCUAUGGUAUUGAGAUCCGUGUGAUCCGCGCUGUCAAGUCCAAGCGCAGCCCCAUCGGCAAGGUAUACUUCUAUGAUGGCCUCUAUAAGGUUGUUGACUUCUGGCUUGACCGUGGGAAGUCUGGCUUUGGUGUUUACAAGUACAAAAUGCUGCGCAUUGAGGGGCAGGAGGCAAUGGGCUCUGUAAAUUUUAGACUAGCUGAACAGCUUAAGGUCAAUGCCCUGACUUUCCGGCCAACAGGGUAUAUGAGCUUUGAUAUCUCCUUGGGUCGAGAGAGUAUACCGGUUGCACUGUACAAUGAUGUUGAUGACGAUCGUGACCCACUUUUAUUUGAGUAUCUGGCCCGGCCGAUAUUUCCGUCCUCUGCAGUCCAAGGGAAAUUUGCUGAGGGUGGUGGUGGGUGUGAGUGCACUGAGAAUUGCUCAAUUGGAUGUUAUUGUGCACAGAGGAACGGCAGUGAGUUUGCAUAUGACAGGGUUGGUGCCCUUUUGCGGGGCAAACCACUGGUCUACGAGUGUGGGCCAUAUUGCCGGUGCCCACCUAGUUGCCCCAACAGGGUUAGUCAGAAGGGGCUUAAGAAUCGGCUUGAGGUAUUCCGUUCAAGGGAGACUGGAUGGGGUGUUCGGUCUUUGGAUCUCAUUAAGGCUGGAACCUUCAUCUGUGAGUUUAGCGGGAUAGUGCUCACUCAUCAACAGUCAGAGAUUAUGUCUGCGAAUGGUGAUUGCUUGGUGCGGCCAAAUAGGUUCCCUCCAAGGUGGUUAGAUUGGGGUGAUGUCUCUGAUGUGUAUCCAGAUUAUGUGGCAGCGAAUAAUCCAGCUCUUGCCGACUUGAAAUUUUCAAUUGAUGUGUCAAGGGCGAGGAAUGUGGCUUGUUAUUUCAGCCAUAGUUGCAGUCCAAAUGUGUUUGUCCAGUUUGUGCUGUUUGACCAUUACAACAUAUCAUAUCCUCACCUCAUGAUCUUUGCCAUGGAGAACAUUCCACCAUUAAGGGAGCUAAGCAUUGACUAUGGAAUGAUUGAUGAAUGGGUGGGAAAGUUAACCAUGUAGUCAGACUGUAUUAGAAGGCAAUGCUCAGGCAGCUCAGCUUAUCUCCCUUUGUUCUGAUGCUUUCAUAAUCCUUCUCAUGGAGGUUUUUGAGGUGAUUGCUGACAGCAAGUUUCUCCGAUGUCGAAUAACAGAAGAUUCCAUAUGGAGCAAUGUUUGAAGACCUGUGACAACUGACAAGCCUUCCUAUGUGGAAGGCAAAGCCACAGAUCAUUGUCAUCCACCGGGCACAAACCGUCCGUUGUAUAUUUUUGCAUGGUAACUGUUAGUGCCCGUGGCUAUUUUCCACUCACCCUUGGAGCUUUGAUGCCUGCCUUCGUAGGAAGCUUGUUUUGCACAGCAGGCGCUGAGUUUCACACUUGACCUCUGUUUUUUUUUCUUUCCUGCAAUCACUACGAAAACUCCCUAUGUAAAUAUAUCUGUACAUUACCCGACUUCAAAGUGUGUCCCAAUUGUUGGAAAAUGCUAGUAUCAUCAGUGGCCGCCCCCUGUCUUGCAUGGUAGCUCAUAGAUUUUCAUAUCCUACAAACUAGUACUGGAGAGGCAUUGCGUCGUGCACAUAUAUAUGCCGUGGUACUGGUUAUUGUUGGCUACUCAUUCUUUCAACUGUCAAGCAACUGGUGCCAGCCUGAUACCUGCAGCAAGUGCAACCUGUUGAGGUGGUAGUUGUAGAGAUGCCAUCAGCAAUGUUGGUUAUUGUUUAAUGGCCUAUUCUAUUAAGAUUUUUGUGCUUCAUGAACCUCUAUGAAAGGAGUAAUAUCUAGAUCGAUGGUUAUGCAAUCAAUCUCUGUUUGUAUGUUCCAGGUAAUUCAUCUACAAUUUCAGACGAUUUGCUGGAAGACAUGUUUUCUCUGCCGCCUGGGGGUGGAAAUGGCUAGCUUUCCCAUGUUUCUUCCCUUGUGUUCGAAAGUACGGUUUUGAGAAGUACCAUUUGUAAGCUCUUGGGCUGUAUAGUUAAUGACAUUCGGCGUGUUGAU